AUGCCCUGCUACAUCCGCCGCGACCCAUCCUUCCAACCCCACCAACCCUCCCCCUCCGAUAUCCUCGCCCCAGACGCCCAACUAGCCUUCCUCGAGAACCAACAAUACCGCGGCCAUGACAUCAGAUCCGCACUCACCAGCCUUUUCGGCGGACCAAUCUGGCUCGACUUCUGCCCCUCGCCCCUCAGCGUCGUGCCCCGGCACAUAUGGCAUCCAGAACUAGAAAUCGGAUUCGACAUAGGACCCGGUGGAGGUUUGUUCGUGACGAUCGAGCGCGCGAGAAGGGCGCUGGCUGAGAUCCAAGCUGGCUCUAUGCCUGGUUUCAUCCCCUCUGGCAGGAGCAGCGGCGGCGGGGGCGGUGUAGGUGGACGGAGACCAUCGAUGCCACAGCCAGGAACGGGAGGUAAUAAUGAGGGGGGAUUUAGGGGAUAUAUAUCUCCGGAUGGAGGCCUUGAUGCCAGGCCUCCUGCUUUCGAGGAAGUUGAGCCGGAGUAUUGGCUCGGUCGUAGGGACGGCGAGGGGCCGGGUCGUCGACGUGGGAGUCUGAGAAGAGGUCAUGGGGGUGGAAGAGGUCGUGGUGGACGCGGCCGUGGUCAGCGAGGAGGAGGACAAGGAGGAGGAGCUGGACGAGGCGCUGGAACUUGGCCGAGAAUGGCGAGGGGUGGUAUGUUUGGUUUGGAUGGUAAUGCCGACGAGAAUGAUGAGUGUAAAUGUGGGGAUGAUAUUCAGCUUGCGCCAAAGAGAGGCGGUAGAAAUUCGAUGUACAAUACCAUCGCGACAGUACCAUUAUCUCCUCAGAAUGAGAAAUGUCGGGGUAAGGCAGGAGAUUCCGAUACAAGCCAGCGAGAAAUCCACAGGAGACCAGUCCAGUUCCCAUGGAGGAACGAGGUUGGCCAGACGGGCGACCAGAAUGCCCCAGGAAGCGCAAGAUAUAAUGCCGGAAGAAGUGCAGUUCGGCGAGCUAAAGCCAACGAGAAAUCUCGUGCCACUCAGAAAGUUAAAUCCCCUCGAAGACGGGAAGCAAGUCAUGAGGGAAGAGUCACUCUAAAGUCAGUGUUUUCGCGUUUGUUUGCACCACAUCGAAGACGAACAUCAGAGCCCACCCGAAGAGAUAGAUCCAUGAGAAAACCCAGGGCUUCUCCAGGUUUGCGCGCUCAAACGGCCCCUUCAACAUAUGAAGGGCCUCCCUCGUGGAGAACGUAUGCAACCGAACCCGAACUCUUUUCGUCAAAGGGAGAAGAAUACGGAACAAAGCCAUCCUCUUCGCAGGCAGGCCCUCGUCGCCAUACUUCCAACGCAAACUCAAGAUCAAAACCACCGCCACCACCAAAUGAGCACACGUCUCCACCUCAAGCCCAUUCGACAACAACACUACCUAUAUCUGACACCAGAAUCCCCACUAAAGGCACACGCACAGCCAACCCUCAGACAAUCCGUGACUCGUCGGGAAAGCCCCGCUACCACUACAUCCACCUGCACACCAACCCGACCAUAGAGGCCAUCAGUCUCCGAAAAGCAAUCGAGAACGAGUCUCGACGUGCCAUGAUAGCGCGGAAUAUGCGUCCAGGCGAAGCUGCAAGCAAAGUUACGAAAGCCCUACGUAUGCAGAAGCAGGUUAAGGAAUUAGGGCAUGGGUUGUUCGAUGGGCCGAAGGGCAAGAUUUAUACAGUACAAAGGGGUAACGAACAUGUUUUGGGCUGUAUGUUGGCAAUAGGGAAGGUGGAUGGGGAGGAGUGGGUUUUGCUAGGGCCCGGGGUGAAGGGCUCGAAAGGGUGUUUCUUUGUUCUUUUGCGGAAGGCGAGGUAA